UCACUAUCCGUCUGCAUUUUUAUCACGACGAAGAUGUACACUAGUAACGUGUAAAAUAGGAGAAGCAAUCAGUUGUCCGUCAUCAGCAGAACCAGCAGUCAAGCUCCAGUUAUGAGGAACAUUUUAAUAUUUUCACUCUUGAUCGCAUUCGCCACAGGAGCUCCGCAAGAUAUCUCUGACCGCAUCGCGGGAGGAAGUCUGGCAGUUGAAGGCGAGUUCCCCUACAUCGCUUCCAUUCAGCUUGAUCGUCGCCACAUUUGCAGUGGUUUUAUCUACAAUGAACGAUGGAUUGUAACAACAGCCUCCUGUGUCAACGGGCUUUCACCUAAUCAGUUGGUUGUUGUUGUGGGCAUCGUAAGCUUUGUGCAACCCUCCGCUCAACAGCAAGUUAUCGCAGUGUCGUCCAUUUCCAUCAACGAUGAUUAUGACCCGCUAACCAAAAUGAACGACAUCGCCUUAAUAUCCCUUAAUAGGCCUGUAGUGUUCGGCACUGCCGUGCAGGCCAUCCGGUACGACGAAGUGGAUGAAACAAUAAAUACAGCCAUUACCAUGGGAUGGGGAGCAACAACGGCGGAUGGCAUAGAAGUUACGAAGCUCCGUAAGACAGAGCUCGCAAUGCCAGCUGAUUGCUUAAGCUACGGUUCGAUAGAAUUCAACAAUAACUACAUGAUUUGCGCAGGCAGCGAUGUCUCGAGUCCGUGCCAAUAUGACGAAGGAUCUCCAUUGGUUCAAAAUGGUAUUGCAGUGGGGAUUAUGUCCAAAAACCAAGGCUGCGGGGCUCCUUAUGUUCCAAGCAUUUUUACUCGAUUAUCUGUCUAUUACUAUUGGCUCAAUGUCGUCGGAGGACAGCAGCCAAUUCCUACUGCCACUACAAAAACGACACCAUCGAUCACGUCUACUACUGUACCACCUACCACUACUACCAUCGUUGUUCCGACCGCUCCCUGUUUGAAUUGCGAGACUCCACCAACAACUACCACCACGAUAGUGGUCCCGACCGCUCCAUGUGUGAACUGCGAGCCCCCCACAACCACCACAGUCGCGCCAAUGGUUCCUACAGCACCAUGCAUAAACUGCGGAAGUCCACCUGAAACUACUACCGUCCUAGUCGUCCCAACUGCUCCUUGUGUCGGCUGUCUUCCCUAGGCCGUCGUCAUUGCCUCGUUCAAUAUCAAUACAUCGGUUAAUUCGCAUGCAAAUACCUAGAAUAAAUAGCGCGCUGACCAAGCAAUAGUUCCAACUAAAAAACGGGGGGAAAAAAGGAAGAAAAUAUAAUUGUAGAGUAGUAAUACAAUAUUGCCUCAUCAAA